UCUCCCAUACACCACCAUUCCCAACCACUCUACCCCCACCACCAGCACCGGAAUUCUCGUCAAGUCUUGUUCAUUAUCCGUCCCGAGAAAGGCAGCAGGUAGAUUUUGAGCGGGAAAUGAGGAGAAUGAAUGACGAGAUGGGUAAAAUGAUGGAAAAUAUGCAGCGGUCCGCCCCGGCCCCGGUACAAAAUGUAGAUGAUUGGCGUCUGACAGAAAACUUCCGCAUGGAAAAUCCUAUUCAACAGUUUGGGGACGGUUCCAGAAAAUUCCAUUUACAGUUCGAUAUGCGUCAGUUUAAACCUGAAGAAAUUCAGGUACGCACUUCAGGGAACUCUCUUACUGUGAGCGCAAAGCAUGAUGAGAAAGAUCCAAACAAAUCGGUCUUCCGGGAGUACAACAGGUCAUACGUCUUGCCGAAAGACAUCCAUCCAGAACGCUUAACAUCUAAGCUAAGCACUGGUGGAGUACUUACCAUUGAGGCACCUCUUCCAGCUCUGGAAGGGCCAAGAGAAAAGCUUAUUCCUAUAAAACACAACUAAUUUAAAAACAAUUAUAAAAAAACAUCUUUAGGACUGAUUCGGAGGACAAAUUGAACAAUGCUUACGUUCAGAAAGUUCAUCAACUAUUAAAAAUUUAAUGUGUCUUUCAUAUUGAACUGAAAUGGAUUAUUUCAUUAAUGAUAGGGAAAAAUGUUUUAUGUUUAAAGAUCUGUGCUGGAUUUUUUGUGUGUGCUAUUUUUAACUUAUUUACUAAUUUUGUUACUUUUCUGGACUUCUUUAUCGGUUCUACAGAUAUUUUUUGGAAAUAUAAGUUACCUUUGUUUUUUGGAAGGGAAAGGAUAUUUUUCAAAGAAUAUAAUUAAAAUUGGAAAAAGUGAAUAAAUCAUUUUGAACUCUUUUUAUAUAAUGUAUAUAAUAUAAAUUGCAGUUGUUUUAGCAUUAUAAAUUGUUACUUUGAAGUAAUUAAUAAGGUUUCUUAGUUAUGAGCCUGUUAAAAUGACAAAAGUGUCAGAACUAGGGCUAUUAGGGCUAUAAAUUGUAAAGUUAGGACUGGUGUUAUCACACUGGACACUUUAAUGCAAUAAGUGAUUUAUUACACAUGACACGGUCAGUAUAUCACUUAAAGGAAGAUUUAAUGUCUUAACAUUUUGAACUACUUUUUGAAAAAAUAAUUGGAAAAACUGAAAUAAUGAAGAAAACAUUUUUUUUUUGGGGUGGGGGGUGGGGGAAUAUGAAACUAUAAAGAAUUCAGUAACUGUUAUAGCAGCAGAUUUCCUGUAAUAAAUAUUGCAGAUUUUUAUAUAAUAUAUUAUACUGCUUCAUUGCCCAGGGGAUUUUUUUCCUGUAAAUUAUUAUGUACUUCUGCAGGCCAUUUGUUAGGUUCAUUUAUAUCUAAAUGCCUUGUCACUUAUAUAAUUAUGUAUAUCUUAUAAUUUAUUCUACAUGUAAGGGUACAUUGUUUAUUUUACCAAAAAUGAGAUUAUUUUUCUGUACAUAGUAGUAAAAUGUACAUACACAUGACGUAGUGGGAAGAGUAGUCACAUUAACAAAUGGUGCAUUCAGAAACGUCAUUCUUGAUGGAGUUAAAUAUAUAAAGAUAUCUUACUUUAACAUCAUAUGACUGUUUAUAUAAAUGUAUUCUGUAGAAACAUUGUCUUAUAGCUUGACUCAUUUCUCAGCCAUAUUGAAAUACAAAUAUAGUCAAACCUGUGAUUAAAGGCCACCCAAAAAAGAGACUAAAUAUGGUACAACCUUUCUAGACAGCUGGUCUUUAUUUGGAGGUUGGAGGUUACAAUGUUCUAUGUUAUUAAUGAAUUGUGGUCAGAGAGUGGCCUUUAAUUACAGUAUGAUCUUUAUUUGGAGGUGGUCUUUAACAUAGGUUUUACUAUAUCAUUUAUUUUUUAUAUGUUGCACAAAAUGGUUGUUGAUUGAUUUGCUGUAAUAAGACUUGUUAUUUCAUACAUAUUUUUCAAAAUAAUGAACAACUUUUAACAGAAAAGUAUAUAUUAUUAUUUAUUUUAGUUAAGAUAACACAAUUAUUUUAAGUUUAAAAGAGUUUUUUUAUUUGUUUUUAACUUGUCUUUAUAUCAUGAACAAAUGAUAAAUAUUAUGUAUUGCUUUGAAAUGAUAAACAAAUUUUGUAAAUAAAUAAUUUAUAUACCUGUA